AAUCUCCAAAUUUCGUUCUCACGAUCACCGGAUCGCUGGCCGCAUCUCACCUCGACGACUCUCAUAAGGCGUACGCGAGAUUGCCGCCGCGUUCUUUCUCUUCAUUCCCCUCUUCUCACCUCCCAAACUCAUCUACACGCAUCUGAUUCACCAUGCGCGGACGUCGUGGAGGCUUUGGCGGAUCCAGGGGCGGCUUUGGCGGCGGACGUCACGGUGGCGGCUUCGGCGGUCCUGGUCCUCGUCCAGGAGGUUUCGGCGGACGGCCAAGUGGCGGCUAUGGUGGAGGUCGUCCAGGUGGUGGUCGCCCCAGUCAUGGACCCAGUCCUGGAUACGGCCCACGCCCAGGUGGCCCCAGCUACUCUCACGCAAGUGGCCCCGUCCCAUGCCUCCACCCCGGAUGCGCCGCCCGAUGUUCGGUUUCUGGCCUUUCUGGCGCCCCCGCGCCGUUGUGGUACCCGUUGCACCGGCAGUGGUUGUUGUGCGCCGCCGCCGGUUCUGUGGCUUGUUUUAGUCGCGGAGAUGCGGAAAGGCAUGGCGGACGAUAUGCAGUUGCAGUGUUCAAUUGAGAUACAUCACUUACCCGGAGGACAGAAUUGGUGUAAUGAGGAUCAACCGUCGGUAGCCGAUGAUCUACGCCCCACGAUUGUCUCACUUGAAUAGAUCUAAGCCAA